UCCUAGCUCUAUGGGACCACAUAAUUUAACUUCUGUGUUGGAAUUCAUUCUCCUGGGAUUCUCAGAAGAUCCAGACCUGCAGCCUAUUCUUUUUGGACUGUUCCUCUCCAUGUACCUGGUCACAGUGCUUGGGAACCUGGUCAUCAUCCUGGUUGUCAUCUCUGACUCCCACCUCCACACCCCCAUGUACUUCUUCCUGUCCCACCUGUCCUUAUCUGACAUUGGCUUUAGCACCACUACAGUCCCCAAGAUGCUGGUGAACAUACACACACACAGCAAAUCCAUUACUUAUGUGGGCUGCCUAACUCAGGUGUACUUCUUUCUUCUUUUUGGAUGUUUGGACAGUGUGCUUCUGGCAGUGAUGGCCUAUGACCGGUUGGUGGCCAUCUGCCACCCUCUGCACUACCCAGUCACCAUGAGCCCCCACCUCUGUGGCUUGUUGGUGCUGGUGUCAUUUUCCUUCAGUCUUUUGAAUGCCCAAGUGCACUGCAUAAUGGCAUCACAACUUGCAUUCUGCUCAGAUGUAGAAAUCCCUCAUUUCUUUUGUGACUUUCCUCAGCUUCUCAAACUUACCUGUUCUGACACCUCCACUAAUAAUAUAGUCAUAGUUAUUCUUGGUAUCAUCUUUGGUUUUGUUCCUAUCACAGGGAUCUGCUUCUCUUAUUAUAAAGUUGUUUUGUCCCUUCUGACUGGCUCCUUGUCAGGUGGCAGGUAUAAAGCUUUCUCCACCUGUGGUUCUCACCUUAUGGUUGUUGGCUUGUAUUAUGGAGCAGGACUUGGGGUGUACCUCAGUUCAUCUUUCUCAGUUUCCUCCAGGGACAGUUUAGUGGCCUCAGUGAUAUACACUAUGGUCACCCCUAUGCUGAAUCCCUUCAUCUACAGCCUGAGAAACAAGGACAUCAAGAGAGGCCUGCAGAAAAUUGUCAGCAGAAUACUAAUUUUGCCUUCUUAUCUUUUCCCUGAGAAUAAGAUUGAGCAUUAG